AUGAAAAGCCUCUAUUCAGCGGAUUCGCCCAUAUCCAAACCUACACCCAAGUCGAAGCGAGUGCGCACUGGCUGUCUAACAUGUCGAGAUCGACAUCUCAAAUGCGACGAGUCAGUACCAGCCUGCCGAAACUGCGAGAAAGGCGGCCGAAAAUGCAUACGCGGCAUUCGACUCAAUUUCUCAAACAUUACGAUACACGAUUCAGCUUACUUUGUUCCAUUUGGUCCCUGUAAUUUCCUAUUCCAAGAUGAUUCUCGGCGUAUUGCCUCAGAAUAUGAAGGAGGAUCAAGCAGAUAUGCAGAUACGACGCAUAGCCAACAUGUUGACUACAAGAUAGCGGUUCAAACGCAGCUCCCAAGUCCAGAUCCAGGGCCAUCCGACCAUGUUCUUCAGGGGCAUGUCUGGCACGUUUAUAUAUCACCAGAGGGCUCAAACACAACGAGGAGCAUAUAUAGCGACAGUUUGAUACUGCAAGCAACUGAAUGGCGUAAAGAUGGGGAGGUCGAAUCAGGGCCAAUGAGUUUAUCUGAAGUCGAAGAUCGGUCGAAUGUUAGCGAACCCAUUGAGGAUGACAGCGUUACUUGCCCAACGACUACAGUCACCACCUCAGAGCGCGAAUUUCUCGACAUGCCCGAACAUGUCCGAUAUAUGCAAAUCUAUGUAGAAGAAGUUGCAACAUGGAUAGACUCGUUCAACAAAGAAAAAUAUUUUGGCGAAGUCCUUCCAUACAGAGCGCUCGACUCUCCUCUUCUACUCUAUUCUCUCUUGGCAUGUGGGAUUCGACGCUUAUCUCAACGUCACCCUGACAUGAGUGACACAGCUGCAGCAUACUACAGUACGGCAAAUAUGCAGCUGUUUCGCUAUCACGAGAAUCCAGAGCGUGAUAUUGAAGAGUGCUCAACCGUAGCAGUCAUUCUCAAACUUUACAACAUCAUAUUCAGAGAAGGCCCGCAGAGUGGCGGCCAUAGUCCUACGGUGCUCAACUCCAUCAUCAGUGAAAGCCAAUGGAGUCCAGAGAGCAACGGCAUUGGAUCAGCGUGUUUCUGGCUAAACGCCUAUCUGGAUAUUAUGGGAAGCUUGGAAGCAGGAUACUGCUUGUACGUUGACUCUUGGAGUGUCGAUAUGCGCAUGCCCAGCGACGGCAGCGAAUUCAUGACCCAUGGGGAUGAAGAAUUAUGGGUGCAGCGGAUGCUCUUUAUACUCGGCAAAGUGAUAAGCUAUAGGCUAUGCGUGCUAUCGUUUACGGAUAUAGAUUUGCGGGAGAACAGGACGCUGGAGAAUCUUCUGCCGGAAUGGAAGCAUUUGAAGCAGCUUUGCGAUCAAUGGAACGACGCUUGCCCGAGGAAUAUGCGGCCGUUGGGAUAUAUGUAUCCCGAUCAGACGGAGAACAAUUCUACUUUUCCGAAAACAUGGCUUCCUAAACGAGAGGCUGUUUUCUGUCGUCUUUUAUACCAUACUGCACAGUCUAUACUUACGCAGACACAUCCCAUGGAGCAAACCAUGCUUUCGGAGGAAAUGAUUGCGCUUCAGCUACACCAUGCUCGCGAGGUAUGUGGGAUCGUGGCCCACGCGGAGGAUAGCUGUCUAGGACCAAUCUCCGUACAGGCGCUUUUAGUUGCCUUGGGUGCCCUGGUGGGAGACAAAGAACGCAUGGAGGUCCUCAACAUUCUCCAGAGAAUGAAGGCUCAAAUCGAAUAUCCCUAG